GAGGAGGCCGCAAAAAAGAAAAAGCCCCAAAUAAUGGCCGAGCAUUUGGCCCUACUACUGACACUUCCAUCGCAUUCAUCUCCAAUUGCUUCUCCUUCGAAAUACUCAAUUCCAACCAAAUCCAUGGCUGCUACUGUUUUUGGAACCGCUGUCGCCGUCGCCGCCGCCUCCUCCUCCUCCGCCUCUUCAACAUCUCGUUUCCUCUCCUCCGCCACCAGAGCUACACUAUCUUUCUCUUCUCCUUCUCCUUCUCCUUCCCUCCUCUCUCGCUCCUCGUCUUCCUCCUCUUUCAACUUCCUCAGAUCCUCUCCUCUCAUUUCUCACCUUUUUCUCAACCAGGGAAGGCCGAAUUCUUGUGGAUCAAAUAGAAGAUUCAGUGCCUCAUCUACUCCGAAAUGCCUGGCAUCGGACCCUGAGCAGUUGAAGAGCGCUAGAGAGGAUAUCAAGCAGCUUCUGAAGACCACAUUCUGUCAUCCUAUUUUGGUACGCCUAGGUUGGCAUGAUGCUGGAACUUACAAUAAAAAUAUUGAGGAAUGGCCACAGAGAGGUGGAGCUAAUGGAAGUUUAAGAUUUGAUGUUGAGCUGGGGCAUGGUGCUAAUGCUGGUCUUAUUAAUGCCUUGAAACUCAUUGAGCCUAUCAAAAAGAAGUAUUCUAACAUCACAUAUGCAGACCUUUUUCAGUUGGCCAGUGCUACAGCUAUCGAGGAGGCUGGGGGGCCCAAAAUCCCCAUGAAAUAUGGACGAGUGGAUGUUGUUGGGCCGGAGCAAUGCCCUGAAGAGGGGAGGCUUCCUGAUGCUGGUCCUCCAUCACCUGCUUCACAUCUACGAGAUGUUUUUUACCGCAUGGGGUUGAAUGACAAGGAAAUUGUUGCAUUAUCUGGGGCACACACAUUAGGCAGAGCUAGGCCAGAACGCAGUGGUUGGGGCAAGCCAGAGACUAAAUAUACGAAAGAUGGACCAGGUGCACCUGGUGGACAAUCCUGGACUGUACAAUGGUUGAAGUUUGACAACUCGUAUUUUAAGGAUAUCAAAGAAAAGAUAGAUGAAGAAUUACUGGUGUUGCCAACUGAUGCUGUUCUCUUUGAAGAUCCAUCAUUCAAGGUUUAUGCUGAAAAAUAUCUUCAAGAUCAAGAAUCAUUCUUCAAAGACUAUGCUGAAGCCCAUGCCAAACUCAGCAACCUUGGUGCUAAAUUUGAUCCUCCAGAGGGUAUUGUGCUUGAUGCAUCUCCGAAACCUGCAGGAGAGAAGUUUGAUGCCGCCAAAUACUCGUAUGGAAAGGAUUAAAAAACAAGUCUCAUGUUUUGUUGUGCCACGUGUCUUUUAAUAAUACGAGUUGAAGCUUUAUUCAAGUCCUUGGCAUGUUGUGAUGUCACGUCUAAAAAAAAAAACCUGGAAGUCUUAAAAUGAAGGAGAAAUGGAAUAAGAAAUUCAAUAGUAUUGCCUAUUUGAAUUGCAGAGAGAGCUAUCAGACUCAAUGAAGCAGAAGAUUCGGGCAGAAUAUGAAGCUUUUGGUGGAAGUCCAGAUAAGGCUUUACCAACAAACUACUUCCUUAAUAUCAUUCUUGUGAUUGCUGUUUUGGCCAUUUUGACAUCCUUGCUUGGAAACUAAUUUGAGUUCUUGAAUCUACUUUUCUGAAAUGCUUUGUUUCUCAACAAAAACAUCUUAUAAUUUCUCGAUUUAUUUCUUCUAGUUCUUUUAGUUCAACGAUUUAUAUGGACGGUGAAUUCAAACCUUUGACUUCUUAAUCAAAGGUACAUAUUUCAUUUUA